GCCUCGCUCCCCAGGCCCCGCGUGCCAGUUGCCACCAUGACACUCGCCAGUAAGUCCGCGACGGUAAAGUUGUCCGCUUGAGGCGCGGCGCGCGCGCUCCUCUCCCACAGAACUACACAUUCUACCAUCUAGUCAAAAUAUAUUACAGUUCCGUGUUUGCGACCUUCGUAUUUUGAGUGAAUCAACUCACCGGCGCCCCACAAGUGACAUAUUUCAGUCAUCGUUACUCUACACGGUACAAAGAGCAAUGCUGUGGGAAAAAAUAACGUUCAGCUGUCAUCGGUACUCGUUCCCAACAACCUACCCUCGCCCCGCGCCCCGCGGACCCGGUACCGGGUUCAUUGCGCCUAUGUGCGUUUAUUCAUCGUUUGUGGGAAAAGUUGACCCCUGUUUUUAAAAUUCAUUGUUAACGUAUUCACACGAUCUCGUGUUUGUUACCGUCUUAGAUGAUCUCGCUUAUAUUGUUCUUAAAGUGAACCAUUCAUAAUAAUAAUAAUGAAUAGCCAGUGACAGCAACCGUAAUAAUUACUCUGAAGUGUUUAGUCAAUCGCGAAGAGGAAAAUAAAUUUAAAUCCACAACUCGCGAGCGCACCCAAGGUCGAUCGCGACAUUCCGUGAAAUCUACGCUCUGCCAUGUUUAUCAAGUCUCCAUUUCGUCGAAAUUAUCUUAUUACUGUGAUUUGUGAUACGAGAAGGAUACAUCUGUCAAAUGAGGACACAUUAAUUAGGCAACAAGUCAACAGUGCGUACGUGUUAUGAUAGUAGUGUUAUUGUCGUAGUUAAGAUUUAAUUAAUUGUAUUCUUGUGCAAAGUGAACGCUGUGAUACGGAUGAAUUAGUUCGGGAAUAUCUCGGAGGUGAUACAGGAUUAUUUCAAGAUGGGCAACCAAGGCUCCUCUCCACAUGAGCCCUUGGAUCAUGCCCAAACGCAGAAUGUCGAUUUGAAGAUGAAGUCGUCGGUGCGCGGGUCGGUGAGACGAGCGCGCGCGGCCGGAGCGCUGUCCCCGCCGCGCGCCGGCAUGGAACGGCUCAGGAAGUCGUUCCGCGAGUCGUUCCGGCGCCGCAAGGGCUCACCGCCGGAGUCCGCGCGGCCGCACCAGUGGCACGCGGACGAGGCGGCCGUUCGCGCCGGCACCUGCACCUUCCCCGUCAAGUACCUCGGCUGCGUCGAGGUGUUCGAGUCGCGCGGCAUGCAGGUGUGCGAGGAGGCUCUUAAGGUUCUACGAAACUCGCGUAGAAGACCAGUACGAGCCGUGCUGCAUGUCAGCGGAGACGGUCUCAGGGUCGUGGAGGAGGAGACUAAGGGGCUGAUCGUGGACCAGACCAUUGAGAAGGUGUCCUUCUGCGCCCCGGACAGAAAUCAUGAGCGUGGCUUCAGUUACAUUUGCCGCGACGGCACCACGCGGCGUUGGAUGUGUCACGGGUUCCUAGCGUCGCGCGACAGCGGCGAACGGCUCUCGCACGCGGUGGGAUGUGCGUUCGCGGCGUGCCUGGAGCGCAAACAACGGCGCGACAAGGAAUGUGCCGUCUCCAUGAGCAUCGACGCGGCUAGCCACGCCUUCACACGUCAGGGCUCCUUCAGGAAGUCAGUGAUCGGUCGCCGCGUGUCGGAGGCCGACACCCCGCUGUCCCCGCCCCCCGCGCCCGCAGACCCCGCGGUGGCCCCGCCCCCCGCUAGCGCUCCGCCCCGCCCCUCCGCUCACAACCCGUUCGCGGUGGAGAGACCGCACGCCGCGCCGCACCUGCUCGAGCGACAAGGUUCCUUCCGAGGAUUCGCGCACCUUAAUAACAAUUCACCAUUCAAACGUCAGAUGUCGCUCCGCAUCAGCGAGCUCCCGUCCAACGUGGAGCGGCAGCGGCUCGGACUGGGCACGCCCCCCGCCGCCCCCGGCCCCGCCCCCGGCCCCGCCCCCGACGUCAAUGUGACCACAAGCGCCGCCCCCGCCUCAGUCGCGCCCCCGGUCCCCGCGCUGCCCACCUCUGCGCAGCGCUCGCAUAUUGCGGCCAUUGAGGAGCGAGUGGUGGAACACGACCCGGUGGCGGAGAUGUGCCAGCAGCUGUCGCUGGGGCUCCGCGCGCUCACCGAGGAGCCCGUGCCCGUGGCGGCGGCCGGGACGCUGCCCCACCCCGACGCCUGGCUGGGACGGAUAGCGCGCGCCUCGCCCGCGCCGCCGCUGGGCGUGGCCGGGCGGGCCGCCUCCUACGCGGGACACUCCACCACCAACCCCUUCCUGACAUCAGCAGCACAAAUAUAAUCACACGUACAAAAUAAUCUAUCAGGCGCGACCAUUACAAAAUGGCGUCCCAGGCCCAACCAAUAACAGCUGACCAAUGACAGCGAUGCUGUCCCUAGUGGGCGGGUCUAACUAUGCGUGCGAGUAGCGCGGCGGGUGGUUAUAAAACUAAUAUUUUCCAACUCGAAAUAGCAUCCAAAAUGUUAUGGUAAUCUGCAGUGGCGAUGUUAAUGAGGAGAUAUUGAUCGUUGCCUAUGGGCUACCUUCCAACUACCACAUUGUAUUAUGUGUCCGCGAUAACUGGAGAGUUCGAUAUUGCAAUGGCAUAAUGAUUUCAGCUUUAUAUGACAUGAAAGUUAUUGCGUCCGGUUGCCAAUGGUUUGAUUAUUGCAUUCAUUGAGUAAAACUAUGCUUAAACGUCAACAAAAUUCUAAGAUAAAUAUUAGUUCAUUUUUUCUGACUAUAUUUAUAAAAUAUAAGUAGAUUUUUUUUCUGACCGUCCACCGCACUUUAUAUCUUUAAAUUGUAUUAAACUUAAUAUACCUCAUUCGUAUAAAAAGAAAGAAAGAAAAGGACUAAGCGAACGUUAUCACAAUCGUUACGAACUUUCACAAUUCGUUUAAGCGAGAUCACUUUAAUGUCCUGUACAGUUCAAAUUAACUAAAUUAAAAACAAAUUAUGUAUAAUAAUUUAUCAAAUUAUUAAAUUAUGCGUAUAGUUAAAAGCUAUAUUAUGUAUUACAGCAAUAUUUUGGACAUAAUUGACAGUGAACUUAUUAUGAAGACGCGGUAUUUAACAAAAUAUGUGAUUUUACCUCUUAGGUAACUCUAGCUUAUAUAGCUAUAAGAUUUUAAUUUGGUUGAGCGACAUUUUAAACAUGGCUGAUAGGCCAAAUGGUCGCGGUAUGACGUGCCAAAACUACUAUCACAAUGUUUAUUUCAUUUCAAAACAAAAAACAGUAUUUUGUUUUGUAUGUGUCGCGGGUGAAUUUUGUGCGCGCCACAUAAAUCGUGAGUGAAGUUGUAAACAGUUUGAAAAUCAACGAUGACUGUAAAUUGGUCGAAAAUAACUUAAUUCGUGUUUCACAGUGUGUAAUAUUGUUUGAUAGUUUUUAGAUCAAAAACUAUCAAACAAUAUUAUAGAUAUUUAAAAAAUAUUACUUUUGUAUGAAAUAAUCUUUAAAAUACAUAAAGGCUAAACUAUGUUCAUGCUGUACGCUCCUGUUAUAUAUAUUGAUAUUACAAUGAACUCAAAGUUAUUAUAUUAUUAUGAAACAGUAACAAGUUACUAUGUUCCUACAUCAAUUUCUAUGAGUAAUGACUGACCGAAAGAAUAAAACUGUUCCACGCCAUAAUUUAAUUUUUAUCUAACGGUUAUUUUUGAAUGACGAUUCAUAUAUUUUUUUAUCGUCUCGUAUAGUAAUACUAUAUAUACGUAACACUUGCAUUUUUUCGUAAUACGUAAAUAAUAUUUUGAAAUGCUAUUUAACAUGGACAUUUUCCUUUGAAAUAUAGUCAAAUUUGAUAUUUAUUUCAUAAGACCAAAUAAAUCCUAAUAUCUGCGAAUAUUGCAAAUGUAUUGCAUCCAAAAUUAUUAUUAUUCUCUAUGAGAAAUGGGUAAAAUUCUAUUAAAUUAUUACCUGAGGACUAUUGCAAAUUGAAAUGCAAGCAAUUAUUUAAAUUAUUAUUUGACUAAAAUAGCAACAAUUGCAUGAAAAACCAUAUUUCUAUUAUUGACUUACAAUUGAAAAGCAAGAAUGGUUAUCUUUUAUCUUGUCUUUUUGCCUGAGAUGUUAAAUCUCUGCUAGAUAAUUAUUGAGAGAUAUUCCCAGUGGUUGAGAGGCAGUAUUCUUUUAAGGAUAACCCUGGAAUACUGACUUAUUGUAAAUACAAUUUAUUAUCUCUUAUGUAUCUUACAAUUAUGGAGAAUAAAAAAAUGAUGUUGUACUUAAUGCAUUGUUACUUCUUGCACACUGCUUCCGCUCCACACUAUGUUUAUAAUAAUAUUAAAUUUAUAUCAUAUCGUCACAGUUAGUUUUUUGAUUGGAAUCAUUAAUAUUAUACAGUGUUCGACUUGGUAUUCAAUACUUGAAAAUAGGUGUAAGAUGGUGCUUUUUUAUUUUAUUUAUUAAAUUGUUCGACUUCAACUCUUUUGUAAUGCAAAAUUAUUGGAAGUCUUAUCGUAACAAAGUCUUUAAAACAUUCAAAAAACUAAUUGUAAUGUAAGUGAAUCUAUUUGGGAGUUAGCUUGACAAUGUGUGUAUGUAUGAUUGUGUAUGUAUGACACGGUGCGAGUAUUACUUUUGACGGAACAAUAAAACAAUGCAGUAUUUUCAUAGAAAAUCUAUAUAGUGAUAGGUUCUUGUAAUAUAAUAAGCUUUUGAUAUAUUUUCAUUUAUUUUGUAUAUAAUUGUAAAUUUUGUACAUCAACUUGUUUGUGAAUUUGUUUUGUGUUUUUUUUAUGAAGAAUUAUUAUUCUUAAUUUUGAGUCGAUUGUAUAGCUUGUAUUAAACUUUUAAUCAAACAAAAUAUUUAUCAUUGCAGAAUGUUAGAUUAGUGUGAUUAUUAAUGUUAUUUCUUUCUCAAGUUACUUAAUUUUUGUUAUUUUUACUAUUUGAUGUAAACUGUUACAAUCUCGUGUAUUUUGUUAAAUUGCACAUUAAUAUUUUUAGAAUUUCGUGACAAUUUUUAAAUUCAAACAAUUUUCUUACAAUAUAAUUCUUAUUUUAUAGUAAGAUCAGCACAAUGUUAGCACAAUAAAUCAGUUAUUUUACAUUCCAAUUCAUUUGCUAUAAAACAAAUUGCAUGGAAUGUUUGCCGAAACUGUGAAAUUCGUACUUAUUAGGACAUGAGUACUUAAAUUGUACACAAACCAGAGUACAACAGCAGUCUGCGAUAUAUUUAAAAACAACAAAUGGCAGUGAUUAGAAAUUGUAAUGUGAGUUUUGAAUGAAGGUUUAAUAAUCCUUAUUGCACUAUGUGUAAAUGAUUCGUCUUUAUCUAUGCACGAUAAGGCACAAUGCAAGCUUUAUAUGACUGCCCCCACUUUAUUACGGUAUAUUAUAUUAAGCUUACUUAACCUAUAUAUAAAGUCACUAUUUGAUCUUGUACUUAAUAUUAAUGUUGUUGUCACAUAGCUCGUCUGGUCGAUGUGUAUAUUUUUCUGAAUUUAUUUUUUGCUAAAUUAUGAUACUUAUGUACAUACCAGGGCAUAUAUUAUGUAGAUAUGUUAGAUAACGAGAGUUCAAAUAUUAUUGAAAUAAAUAUUAUGGUUAGUAGAAA